AUGCCGCUGUCCACACAUGGACCGCCAGGCUCUGAGAAGAGCUUGGUUCCUCCUGCUGGCACGGAUGCAUCGACCCACGGAGAAGCGUGCAGCGCGGUUCUGUUGCCUGCUAAAGUACAGGUGGUGGAAGAUUUUCCGCGUCUGGUUGUGAUCAAGGCAUUGCAGGAGUUUUUGGGCAUGGUGAACUUCGACAAUAGAAAGGCCGCUGACGCCGUGGUCUGGACCCCGGACCGAAUUGUGGCUUUUGACGGAGCUAAGUCUGCAUUAGCUAAUGCAGCUCUUCUCGACCCUGAUGCCCCCAUUGCCCUGACGACAGACGCUUCAGACUUGGCGGUUGGAUCUGUGGUGGAACAGCAGGUGCAUGGAGCUUGGCAGCCACUGGCGUUUUUCAGCCAUAAAAUGCGGGAUUGCGAGCGUAAGUACAGCGUUUUUGACCGCGAGUUGUUGCCGUUGUUCUUGGCUGCUCUGCGUUUUUGUUUUUUGUUGGAGGGUCGUCCUGUCGAAGCUUAUGUGGACCAUAAACCGCUGACAUUUGACAUGGUUAAAGUAACCGAACCCUGGUCAGCGCGGUAA